AUGUCUCUUUUCAACUUUUGCGAAUGGUACACGAACGAUUUUCCAACUGCCAGUUGUAUGGUUGUUGAAAAUCUAGUUGCAAAUCGGGAUCAAAUAAUCGUUGGCGCAGAAGAUGGAACAGUUAGUAUUAUAGAUCCGGGAGCCACUGAAAAAUCUGAAGAAUCUUUAUUAUUACAAAAGUCCACUGACAAGUGUGCAAUACAGAUUUUGAUUGGAGAAUUUCUGUCGAUUCCCGGAAAGACUAUUGCCAUAUUGAGUACAAACACGUUGACAUACUAUAGAUUCAAAUAUGAUUCAAAUGAUCUGGCUCUCACAGAGUUACAAGAAAUGUUCAGCCACCCGUUGGCUGAGCCAGCCUAUAAUAUGUGCUUGGUAGUUAACAACCAGUCAGGAACUUCACAAAUCCUUGUCCAGAGUGUAUCAUGUGGCUUAACUCUCUUUCAAGGUGAUCAAUGUAUUUUCUCUCGAAGUCCCUUACCCGCAUUACAUCCCGGUCCAAUAGCUUAUAACAUUCCAUCAGCAUCUGUGCUCAUAGCAUCAGGAGCUCGCUUACAUUCUGCAAAAUUCAGUUUGAUAGCUAGUUUGAGUAACAGUGGAAAAAAAGUGACAUUUGAUUGGAUCUGUAAUCUGGGUGAUGUUGCCUUGCAACUGGCUAUGGACGAUGGCCCUCCGGUGCAACCGUCGGUUCUCGUAUUAUGUAGAAGAAGUGUUUUCUGUUUCACUACGGGUGGAAAUCUCAGGUGGCAGAUUCGCUUGGACUGUGUCGCAACAACUUUCUUCGUUUACCGUUCUGGAUUAACAAUCCCUUCUACUCGUUUUGGAGUGAUAGUCAACACCAACACUUUGCUCAUCUAUGCAGACAAUGUCCUUUUAUGGAAUUGUCAGACAAACUUCCUGCCCAUAGCUGUCGGUAUAGGAUCGUUCAGUGCUACGCAUCAGUAUCUCCUUUCCUUUUUGUCAUUCGAAGGGCGUGUGUGUAUAGGAUACCUGGGAACUGAACCGAGCUUGUACCGUGUGGUAGAUAUGGAUAAUCAAAUAAUAGACUAUGGCGUGAAACUACAAGAAAUUAAAGCACUCGAAGAGAACAUUAAAGACUCGGCUGGCCCAAUGCCAUUAACUACAACUACAAGUAAUCUUCAAAUGACAUUCAAGAUUGGUGAUAUUGAUAAAUCCGGCAUUGGAUCCAGAUCAGAUGCUCCGAGUUGUACAGUAACCGUACAGUACGGAGGUGUAGGAACAACAGAAAGAGUUUUUCUAAACGUGCGAUCAUCGUUUUCUCAUCAAAUCAUGAAACAUUCAAACAAAGAAACCAUAAUAGAGUUUACUGUAGAUUCAAAUAGUGCUUGGCCUCCUAGUACUAAUGUACAACUUGUAGCUGUAACUGCUGACAGCCAAGCCACUUGUGUUGCAACAAUAACACUACCCAUUCGUUUGCUAUUUUUCGAAACAUCUCCUGAACGGAAUGCUAAAUAUAAAAUAACACUCGAUACGGACCGGCCAGCUGCUUCAUUGGUCAGUGUGUUUCCAGAGUUCGAGACGGAAAAUCCCUCUUCAAUCGCCCUUUUCCUCUACGGUUCAAAUUCAACUGUCUCCAUAUACAGUGGAAACAAAUCGAAUCGAUAUCGUAUACAAACUGAUGAUGCAUCCCUUCUAUAUGUUAUUAUUCAUGAAAUGACUGUUCGACUAAAAAAACUGGAAAAUGACAUUAAUAUACAUGGAAACGUUCCGUUAGAAAUAGUAACUCCCAUCUUAGAUAGCCAUCUACAGCUUGAGGAUCGGUCACAGAGUCUGAAGGAUGAAAUCACACGGAUAUCUCGUGAAGUUCGUGAAAUUGAGAUUGUCAUUGUCAAUAAGUUGAGAAACACGAAAACGGAAAAUCUGGUACCACUAGAUAUGCUUAUGGAGAAAGCACACGAUCAGCUCAUAAAAGCUGUUGAUCAGCAACGAACGACUAGACAAAGCCUAAUUGAUUCUAAUAAGACAUUGAUGUCGUUUUUUCACGUCAUAGCGCUGCUCAUGUCUAAUCCGGAUGCUGAGACUACCAUAAACGGUUAUUUCUAUUGUGAUACCAAUCAGUCAUUAAAAGAUCGUUUGGCUUGGGCAGCUGGCUUCUCAGGUGAUCCUUUACGGAUGCUUGGAGCAUUGUGUAGACAAGCUACGAAAACGCUCACUCACAUUGUUGAAGAAGAAGGGGAAGAAGAGGGCUUCGACGAAACAUCUGAGAAUUCGUAG